UUUCUUCCUGGACUACAGUCUCUGCCUCUUUUGUCUCUUGUUCGAGUUGCUCUACCAUUGCUGCUUUCGCAGCAAGUGCUGCCUCCGCUGCUUUUGCUGCUUGUAUCGCUUUACCUGCCAGCUGAUUUUUCACCUAAACACCGAUACGAAAGUUUGUCGAUACUUCCGGUUUGAAUUCUCGGAGGAUCUCGAGCGUAACAACGACUUCCUUUUGUUGCGAUUUGCAUUGGCCUUCGCUUCGUGAGCUGCCUCAUUUGCUUGGGCCGCAGCACGAUUUGUAUUUGCUAAAUCUUGCUUAGCAAUUCGUAAUUCGUUGGUCAGUUCCUCGAGACGUCUCUUUGCCGCCUCGAGUAAUUCUUCCUUCUCAUGUAAUGACUUUUGGGCACCGUCUGCCGCCGAUUUGGAAUUCGCUGCGUUUCCCUUCGCCGUUUGCAUCGCGCGUUCGGCAGUUGGAAAAGGACAUUGCCGUGGUUGGCUCUUUUAAACGUCUACAAUCCCUUCCGUGGCAAUAGACUAAGCUGCUGGUCCAGUGAGGACUAUAAGAGCUCCGAUGACUGGGAAAGUAAUAUCAGUUGUUGGCUCUUUCUUCGAGCAAGGACAGCUCCAAUUCUCGUCAACGUUCGAUCAUUUCGAUCACUGAAUAACCACCAAAUAUAGAAAAAAGAGAAAAAGAAAAUGAAGAUCCUCGCAUUGGUGUUAGCAUUGGCAUGUGCGGUCCAAUGUGGUCUAGCUAAGACAAAAAAGCAAGUACAUGAGCGAGAAGCGGGUAGUUACGAGUAUGGUUACGGAGGUCAUCCGGAAUCAGUGUUAUUAGAUCCUCACCUUUUGCAAGUAGAUUCAGUGGCUGUGCCCAGUGGUACUCACUUAUCAGAACACCGUCCAUCUCGGCCAGGUUAUAGUGUGGGUGGUCCUUUGGCAAGUAUUGCUCAAGGAGCGGCUGAACAGGCUCACACGCAAUUAGGAAAUCAACAUUCAGCAGCUGGACAGGCAGCUUUCAUGGCCAAGAACACAUUGGCUCAGGCAGCGGCACAGUCAGCGGCAACAGCAGCAGCAGCUUUAGCAGGUAAACAAAUCAUCGUGAUGGGUCUUGAACAACAAUCGAGAGAUGCUCAUGUUGCCGUCGAUGGUGAAAAACUUCAAUUGCAACAAGCACAACGUGCUGCUACAGCUGCUCAAAAUACUGCUCAACAAGCGAUGCAUCAGGUUCAAGUAAUCACUGCAGCCUUGAACGCCGCUCAAGCUACUGCUGAUCACGCCAGUCAAGCCGCAGCCGAAGCUCAAGCUGAAUUAGCCGCUCAAACCACCAUGGUUGGCCAGGCAAAGGCCCGUGCCGAAACAAUCGAGGAACAACUCAAUGCAGCUCGUGUCGAUUUCGAAGCAACCCAAGCUGCCGCUCAAAAAGCUGCAAACGCUGCAUCCGCAGCCCAAUCGAAUGCCGCUGCUGCAGCAGCUCAUGCCGCAAAUGCUGCUGCUGCUAACGUUGCAGCUGCCACAGCUAACAGUCAUCCCAGCGGUGCUCAUGGUGGUAGUCUCGUUGCUCACUUAGGCGAACCCCUUACGAACGCUGUACCCGUUGAUGCGUAUGAUUACAAAUCUGGGAUUUAUCAUUAUUGAUGAUUCUUUUCAAUUUUAGUUCGUCGACCUAUACUUUUUUCUACUCGUCUCACGUGCUCGAACUUUCAACUUAUUUCUUAUUUUGUAUUUCUUAUGUCUUCUCAUUAUAUGCAAAGGUUGAACAUCAACAAGUUGACUUCAUCGAGUUUUUCUGUUAUCGUUAGAGUUUAUCUAUUUAAAAUUUAUAUUAGGAAGAAUAUCGAUUUAAAUACAUUGUUAAUGCAAUCGAUUGAAACUUAAAACGAUAGAGCGUUGUCGCAGCUGAACAUUUGAUCGAAAGGAUCAUCGUCUUUGAAAAAAUAAAAUUUUUCGAUCCUUCUUGAAAUUGUUCAUUUUUCAUCAUUCAAUGUAAAUCGGAAAACUGCCUUCAUAUUCCAUUUUUCGUAUUAUUUUUUAUUUUAUCAAUGGAUUUUAUCUAACUUGCUACGUUUCCUUCGUAAAAAGUUUUUUUUCUCGUUGUUUACUUUUUUCUAUAAAUAAAACACAAAAACGUAAUUAAACGUUUUUAUCAUUUUAAAAUGUUUUUUUAUCUCCGAAACCAUGACAAGUUAUCACCAAAAAAAAAAUUACGUCAAUAGGUGAAAUUUUAUUAUGUUCUAUUUUACAAAUUAAUAAAAUCAAACGUAUGUAAUGUGAAGUGUUUUAUUACUACCAU